AUGAGCGUGACGGAGACGAAAGGCUACCGGGAGGGAGGCUGGGGUUGGCCCGUUGUAUUUUCCGUCUUCCUGUCCCAGUUUAUACUCUACGGAAACCUCAAAGCAACCGGUGUUCUCAUCACUCAUAUCCACCAGGAUUACAAAACCAGUCUGUGGACGAUUGGUCUGAUUAAUUCACUCUAUUAUGCGAUGCAGUUUUUACUGUCACCAUUUCCUGUGGCCGUCUCCCAUCGGGUCGGUGUCCGUCCAGUCAUUGUAACUGGUGGUAUCUUGAGUGGUCUUGGACUCGCCAUCGCAUCGCAGAGUCACAGUGUCCCCGUCUUAGCUGUUGCCAUGGUUGCACUUGCAGGUACGGGUGCAGCGUGUGUGAAGGAACCACUGUUUUCCCAGAUGGCCCUCUACUUUCACGAGAAGUACGCCUUCGUAUCAUUCCUUGCUAAGAUGGGUGCCCCGUUCGGAAUGAUGGUCUACGGUCCAGCAACGCAAGCACUGACUGAAUACUACGGUUGGCGUGGAGCUCUGCUCAUCCUCGCCGGGCUGAGCUUCAAUCUCACGGUAUGCGGUUUGCUCAUUUGCCGCUCAUCAAGCUCAAGAUUCAAACGAGCGCCCUCUGUUGCCCUAAGGAUGUCGGAUUAUCAAGACUUGGACAGGUUAGAUGAGGAAGAUAGGAGGCUUUAUUAUUGCUGCAGUCAGUUAAUCUCAACCAUGGGAUUAGCUGUAUUUAAAGACGUACGGUUCAUACUUAUAACUAUGAUAAAGCUGUUCAGCGGAUUCGGCUAUGCUGGGAUUGUCAUCUACAUGGUUCCGAACGCGUUGUCUCUAGGGCUAGACGCGCACCAGUCCUCCUUCGAUACAACAGCGUGGGGAAUUGGCAACCUUCUCGGGCUCUCCUUCGCUACGGCAGAUGGUCGUGACUGCCAUUAUAGGGGCCGGGACAGAGAGUCUGUUCCUAGUCUCCAUUAUAUUAACCCGGUACCUGACUAA